AUGCCCAGUACAGCACCAUCGACCUCCACCCAAGACGAGCUGACCACCACAUCCAACGCCAGCCAACCCGCUUUCGGUGGCGACACUGUCGACUGCGCCUCGUGCCUUCCUCUCUACCAGACAAUGACGAUCAGCCCAGACCCACCUGCGUCAAUGUGGUCGGAAACGACAUUGUGGGCAUCAAGCUGGUCCUCCACGCCCCAGCCCGCGAGGACGCUGGCGGUCAAACCAAUCUUGUACCUCCGUCGCCAAGAUCCGAAAGGUGAACGCCCCACGGGGUACCACAUGCUCGACCUCACCAUCGACGAAGCUGCGGCGCUGGAGGAAGCCGCCCAUCGCUGCCGCGACAACAACGGCGAUAGCCUCGUUACCCAGAGGACUUCUGCCCCUUUCCGUAUCGUCAACGUGCCGUUGGAGAGCCUUUGCCAGUACCUGGCGACCGAAGCCGCGCAGCAUCUCAUCAGUGUGGUAGAGAAGGGCACCAAACUCUGUGGUAGCACCACGAACAAGGAAAUCUGGCCGGACGGCGGUCGGAGUCACGUCUCAGCUGAGUCGCAAUCGACGGAACAGAGCUGUAGACCGAGCUUCGAUGUCAGCGGUUUUGUGCGGAUGGCCCCCUCCUCCGCUUCAGGCAGUGGCGCGUUGUUGCAUCAGUAUAGCUGUUAA